AGUUAUAUAUAAGCGGAAAGAGAGUAGCUUUUCAAGUCCCAACUUGUUGCGCAUCAAAACAAACAAUAUCUUAUAAGUAUAGGUUAUGUUUAUAGUUUACUCGAAAAUCUAUGCUUUAUCUAAAGUACACAGAUGAUUAAUGAAACUGAUUUAAAACCAAGUGCAGUACUUAUUAAGGAUAAUUGUUGAGUCCAGCUCAACUGUCACUAUAGUCAUAAAAAUGGAAAAUAGUUCAAGUGUUUCAAAAAAAGCAAGACUUGCAGCUGAUCCUCCAAAUAAUAAAGCAAGCACAAAUAAUAAAAUAGACAUAGAUGAAUUAAAUGGAGAAUAUGUUCUCCAACAUCUCAUGAACAAUGUAUGUCAGUAUUUGAAUAUGUAUGAUUUGUGUCAUGUAGCACAAGUUUGCAAAUCAUGGAAUAUGGAAGUUGAGCGAGAGCUGGAUAAAAGGCUUCAUCAUCAUUUUAUGGUUCUACCAUAUUUGCAUAGUAAAGAGUUGAGCGAUCCUUCUUUUCACGUUUCUAAAAUUCUGAAUAACAAACCUAAAGUCACCAUUUUAUUCCCUGGUACCAAUCACGAUGUCGAUGAUAUUCAAUUAGAAUAUGACACUUUUCAAACUUACAGGAAACAGUUACCAAAUAAUCUAAUAGUUGUUGGAGCUUUUGAAGCAACAAUGAACUCGGAUGUAAUACAUAGCUGCCCUUUACUCAUAGGUUCUAAAAUUAUGGAUGGAUACAGUCCUGCAGGAACUUUAAGUUUAUCUUUACCCAUGAAUGAACAAUUAAGCAUUAAACAAUCAUGCGUAUUUGAAUCAGCUUAUUUACUAAAGGGUAAAGACAUAAUUAAUGACAUGAUUCUUGAGCUUCGACCUACUAAUUCAAAUACCAAGUCCACCCUCAUUAUAUUUGCGGCAAAUCAUGAUGAAUUGUUGGAUGAAAAUGAAAUGACUACUUUGGAAAAUUUAAUCAAAUCCUCCUUUCCACCAAAUUCUUACACACUAUGGGGAUUUGCGACAUCAGAUAGAAUAUUUGCUAGUAGCAAGUACGAAAAAAGUAGUCAAAAUGUCACAGAGAAUGAAACAAGAAUUGUUGGUUUAAACCUUUCAGGACCAAAUUUCGAAUCUUGGUCUACUGUGAUAAGUACUCACUCUACCAAAAAUGAAUUUAUAGAAAGACUGACCAAUUUUAAAGAUAGAAUACAAUUAAAAAAAAAUAGCAUAGGUCUUGUAACUGCUCCAGUAAUUGAUCAUGAUGAUGAUGAUAACGAUGAUGAUAAUAAUGGUGGGUUUAUGGAAGAUGUAAAAAAAAUAUUCCCUGAAAUUCCAUUUCUUGGAGCUUUUGGCAAAGAAGACGAUUAUUAUUUUGGAAUAGACCCCAUGAGCACUGAUGAAUCAAAUGAUAUUAUAGGCGAUGAUAUAAUAUCCAUAAUGAUUUUUACAUACGAGUGAUUAAAUGAAAUUCAAGUUAGCAGUAAAAGAAGAUUACAGAUUAAUUAAUUAUAAAAAAUAAAAAUAAGAAAUCGAAAUUUUUCACCAAGAGUUUACAGAUUUAUCAUAUAUUAUCCUACAAUUUCAUAUGUGUAUGUACAUACUUGUGCAACCUAGUUUUUUAAAAUAAAAAAUAAUUUUUUUGUAUGUUCUCGAAUUAUUAACUUGGGCGUUAGAGGUGAGGAUUCAACAUUUACAAGGUAUUUUUUUCAAUUUGCAAAACUAUUUAUUGAAUCUGCAGUUUGAUUAUAUUUGUAUGAGGUGAUAGAUAUCUAAAUAGAUACAAAAUGUUAUUGACAUUCAAAUAAUUAUAACAAUAAUAACGGUAAAUAUAGUAGUAACACAUUCGAAUUUUAUGGGAGUGAUAUGCAAAUGCAAACAUGCACAUAUUUUUUCUCCGAAUUCAGAAGUGAUUGCAAAUUCUCGG